GAGGGCACGUAGUCGCGUGGGUUGCGUGUCUGCGCGGACGCACACACCAGUUUCCCCUCAACCAGAAGCGCCUGUACGUGCUUUUCGGGGACACGCUUCCGCAGUUUCCCUCUGCGUGGCUGUGGACUCUGGCAACAGCUUAUAUCCAAACGAUCCACCGCGAUAAAGUUUCUGUCAGGCAAAAUGGAACUGUCGUGGAAACAAACGGAAUCGCCGUGUCUACGAAACUGAUUUGAACUUGGUAUCACCUGCUACCCCGAGCAGCAGCUGAUUCCCGCUGACCCACUCCAGAGAGAUCCGACGCGAAUGGAGUUUCAAGGGAAACGCGGAGGGAUUCGGUGAUCGGCGUGCCAAGGAUCGUAGACCCAGAUUGAUUCGACCGAAUCGAUCGUCGUCGGCGUUGGAUCGAACGACGUCGAUAUUUGCGGGUAUCAUGAGCGCCCGUUCCACGAUCCUGUCGUUGGAACGCGUUUGGACAGCCGUCUGAGAAUGGUCUCUAUAGCUCUCGACGCGGUUCCUGGUGUCUGCGAUUUGUGGUGCACCGAGAGCGCCCGUAUGUGUGUGCCGUGUAUGCCAAGGAUGCACGACGACGCAUAGACCGCCACCGUGAUACGUCGUCCCGCGCGGUUUCUCGUUGCUUACAAGCGGUUGGUACACGGUGUUUGUGGUCGAAAGAGUACCCAGGGAUAGACACAGACAGGGGGAGAACACAGCGUGAAGUGUGAAAGCGGAAGAAGCAGAAAGAGAUCCUCGAGAGAGUAAUGAUCGUGACGACGGUUGCGCGGACAAAUGAACACCUCGGAACAGCGUUUGGGAUAUUCCAAAGAUGUGAGGAAUGAUCACGUGGGUGAUGGUCGGGCUGCUCCUGGCUGCGGAAACUUGCGGCAGAAACGUCCUCUCCGGAAACGGAAACGGGAAGGAGGAGACCAAGCAGAAGGACGACUUGAAGGGAGUCACCGCGGACGAGGAGGACAUCUACCGUCUAACGUGCUACACUUGCGUCAACGUCAGCGAUAACCAGAUGUGCAACGAAUGGGCGAUAGACACACCGUGUCCGGCGGGUGGCCGAGACUUUUGCAGAUCGCUGCACAUUUUGGACAGCAAAGGAAACAGCGUCUUGGUGAGCAAGAGCUGUGCGAGCAGCGAGGAAUGCGGCCCAGCCUCGGUCGGAUGCAUCCCGGUGGACACGCAGCAGAUCUGUAUCAGCUGCUGCGACCUGAGCUACUGCAACAUCGACUCGCCUACCAACGCCACCAACGCGAUUUUCUCGCACAAACGGCGUGCCAAGUCGAAGCCUAAGCGCAAACGACCUGGUAGAAACGGGGUCGAGGGAAGCCGAUCCUACGGAACCGGGGCUCUCUGGCUCCUGGCCUCACUCGUCUAUGCAUAUCACUGCUGAGAGAGCAGCAUCGCGGAAGAACCGGUUAGAAGACACCAAACUUGGAGACCUCGUCGAAACGAUCCUCCAACAGUGUCUCGAUAUGCCCUCCGGGAGAUCCUGGAUUCGUCAGCGGGAUAGUAUCGUCUAUCGGCACCGUCGAAACCAAACAAGCGACUGAUCAACCUUUCACCCUACUCGUACACCCGUUUCCUCCUUUAAUCGCUGCGUAUGCACACUUACCGCCUCUCGUUGUUCCAAUCCACGCCAGGACACGCUCGUCACUCGAACAUAUCUCUCACGCGAACCUCGCGAAGCUUUCUUUCCGCAAGGCUCUAACUAUUAGGGUGUCCCAAUAAAUAUCGCUCAUUUCCGAAACUUCGUCGAACUCUAGGCGUUUUGUUGAGUUUAUCGAUUACUGCGCAAUUUCAAAUAUUUUAUGAUAUUUCCCGAACCUGAAUUCCCCGAGUGAAACGAGUUUUACCUAUAACGAUGUUUUCGCACAUAACUGUAACGAAAACGUUUUCAGCGCCGUUUGUUUACUCGGUAGCUCGUCGACUCGAGCAGCUCACUGUUUAAACGAAUAAUUUCUCAGUGCCUGCAAUAAUCGAGUCACAGAAUAUCGUGCAUACGAAUUCAGUCUUAAGUUUGAGAGAAUACUUUACGAUUUGUCUUUCUCUAAACUGUCUCUAAAAUCAGUUUUUCUUAUUUUCUUAUUCGUCAUUGUGUGAUAUCUUUGAGCUAAUUUUUAGCACAUAAUUUCCUCGUAAUGUUUAUAAGAUCUUUUUUUUAGAUUCUAAACAACUUUCUGGAUUAACUUAACAUUUUUGUUUGUUAUAUUAAUAUUCUGAAAAUAUAUUAACGAAUUUUUACUAAACAUUAAAUAUUUUUUGUUCUAUACUUGAUGUACAAAUCUUUGUCUAUAUUUCCCUAUAUUUCUUAAUAUUUUUAUCGUAAAAUUCGUGCUAGCAGCUAUUUCCUUGAGAAAAUUACAUUAUUGUUUCUGCGUUGUGAGAGAAUUACGUUAUUAUUUCUGCGUAAUGAGAGAAUAUUCUAGAAACACAAAAUAAAUAUACAAACACCUACGAAAUCUAGUUUAAAAUAACAAAGACACGCUAUAACAAACGUUAUUAUUUCUGAAUUAUGAAAUAAUAUUUCACACAUGUAAAAUAAAUAUUAAUACGUCUGCGAAAUCUGGUUUAAAAAUCAAAGUCAACGUUGGGUUAAUCCAUGUCGUUAUUAUCUUUUAUGCUGAAAAAUUUCAUGAAAGGCAUACAACAAAUCAAGAACAAGAAUUUAAAGGUCGUAACAGUUUGACACGGAGAUCGUGUAUCAAAAAAAUCGGUGCUUGAUCCCAUCCGAUAGAAAACUGUUUCCUUAAGAAAACAGAGACGAAGAGUAAUUCCCAGUACGACGAUCUACGGCAGGGAUGCGCCACUGAAAUGUUGCCACAACCUGAAUCGACUUGUAGUCGUAGCUAAGUGGGUCGCAGCAUUUAAAACAUGGAUUUUUUAAGAAAAGAUAAAAUUUGUAUACAGAUUCUCUGGUUAAGUGAAACGACUUUCACCUGGAACGAUGUUUUCAUGGAAAACUGAAAUGAAAACGGCUUCACCACUGUUUGUUUAUUCAGCCCGAGUAACCCGUCGACUCGAACAGCUGACGCUAUAAAAGAAUAAUAUUAUCCUUGGCUACAAUAAUCGAAUCUCGGCAUAUCAUACAUACAAAUUUUCUUUUUAAUCCAAUAGAACGCUACUUCUAAGUCAAUUCUUAUUUAAACUAACUGUCUUCGACAUCAAUUCUUCUUCUUCUCUAUUUGAUUCAUAUUUACGGGCACGUUGUCUUCGACACAAGAAUCUGUUUUAAAAACUGCGCUACAAACUGACGAAUUGAAUUUUUUACGAUCAAUUUACAUAAAACAAAAUUCCUUUUUAUAUCGCUGAAAAUAACAAAGCAUUCUAAAUCAAUUUAUUCAGAGUAGAGAAAUUGCUUGAACUACUCGACUUGCCCAUGUUAUUCUACGAGAAAUAUUGGAUUUCAAUAUUUGUUAUGAUUAUUUUUUGAAUUAUGAUUUCAUGCAUUUAAUUAAUAAAGUUGAACUUCGUUUAAAGAAGAUAUUUAAUUAAUAAACUUAUGGAACACUACAGAAGACCAUAGGUGCUCUAUCCCUGGUAUGGACUAGCCACCGGGUGACUUAUAAUUUUAAUUAUAGAAUUAUAAUUAAAAUUUCAAAAACAUCACAUUUCGAUAUUCACCUGAUUUUAAAAAUAAGCAUAGUUAAUUCAUUGGGAUAUUUUUUAUUUGAAAUGACAAUUCGUUUAAUUGUCAUCUGCAAUAAAUGUGAUUGCUGCAUUUCUUACAUAAAUACACAAAAAUUUUAAGUUUUAGCUUCUGAACAAUUUGUGGCGAAUACUAAACAAAUUCAAUUUUGUAAGACUGAAAAGUAGCGAAACGAAUCUUUUUAAAUCCGUGUUACCUACGUCUCUUGCUAAUGUCAAGACGUUUUAUAUCUAAGAAUUUACAAAAUGACCCAACCGUUAGAGGAUAAUACGCCCUACUAUCAAAUCAUAUUCUAUUCAAAUUAUGACGUACUUUUUCAUAAUUUGAAAUGAUAUCUGAUUUUCCAAUAGCAAUUAAAAUUUUAUAAAAGUUUUACAAACCAGACAAAAAAUCAUUUCCUCUAUUUUCUCUUAAAAAACAGAAAAUGAGGUAAAUUCUUCGUUAUUCCGUUCUUCUUAUAAUUUUAUUUCUCUUAUUUACGACUAAUUUGUAUUCAUCAUGAAGCUUCCUUUUCUUUGCCCACUUUCUUGUCAAUAAUUUUCGUUCUCUUUUCUUAAUUUCACCAAGUAACACACAACUCGUGCAAAAAAACUACCACGACGCAACCGUUUGAUAAAUUUGUCUCGAGAAGUGGGCGUAUUGUCCAGUUUCACUGUACAAUUAAUUUCGAUAGGUGUUUCAAAGCGACUGAAAUUGCGCAAUGGUUUUUGGGACACCCUGACGUCUCUGUUUGUCCUCGUCGACGGUGCAAGAUAAAUUGCGUAUCGCAGGCGGAGUCGUAGCGUAUUAUUACACGUCGACGAUGCAUCUUAGCGGCGUAAGGUAGCCGAAUUAGAAUCCUUCUCGUCUUUCCCUUCGUUAAACCGGGUACCGAAGAAUAAUCGCUCAUUCGCCGCCGAACGAAAGCGCCAGAGGAUCCUCCCGAAUUAUCUCGGAGGACGAUGAAAAAACCCUGUCUGCGACACUUGUAGUCGACGUUCGAGGGCCGUUCGGAGUCUCUCAGUGAUGGAAAAAAAGGAAUUGUUCUCUUCUCGUAGUAGCGUAGUUGCUAUGCCUUCUUAGAAACGAAAAGAAAUCUAUGGUGUAAGUUCGUGUUUAAGGAUCGAACGAGCUCCCGUCGUCGCCGAAAGGACGAAACGAAAGAUCACACUUCCGCGCGACUUACUUAAUUAGUUGUAUAGGCUCGGUUUCGUUUCGAUCGGAUGCGUGGCUAACCUCGUUUCGAUAAAACGAAACAUUCGGACGCAACGGUAGAGAGAAAAACGACGAUUCUCAUUUCGGAAGCCCUGAUUCGAGAACGUCAUUUCGUCUACGCGCGAGAAAUGAAACGUUCGAUAAACAUCCCCGCUGAUUCGUUCAGAAUUUCGGUACCUGCCGAUCGAUCGAUCGUUAUCAUCGAGGCACUUGUUAAAGCGAACCUGCAAACAUUCGCAAACUGUUUCGUUUGGUACGGUGAUUCUUAACCUCAGUACCCCGAAACAAACUUUCUCCAAAUCGUAGUCAAAAUUGACGUUUACAGGUCUGAGAUAAAUGGUGGAACUGGAAAUGGAAACUACGCAAUUUCCCCAUACUGUUAAUGAAAAAAUUAUUUUCCUCCUGCUUCCAAAUAUAAAAUUAUAGAUAUUAUUAUUAUUUAUUGUCGUUUGCUUUGUGAAUUUACAAAUACUACAACUGAUUUUUACAAAAUUUCAAAUUUAUUUGAAUAUAUCCUCCCUUGUAGAACACAGUAAAACACAGACAUCAAUUUGAAAAUCUUUGUUUCUUUAGAUUGAUGUUUUUUUUUACACUGCUUUGCUAAAAGAACCCAAAUAAUACACAAUCAAAAUGUUUAAAAUAAAUUUAUAUUCAAACCGAUGCUUCUUUCAGGUCAAUUUAUUUCUUUUACUCGAUUUAAUUUACAAGCAAUAUAUUAUUAACUUUUUAUUAAUAGAAUAAUUUACGGUUAAAAACUACACCGCGGGUUUAAAAAGGUUAAGAACCACUGGUUUAAAACAUAAGGUAGCAAACCACAUUUCCCCAUUCCCUUCCCGAGUCACUCACCAUUGACUGGAACCCCUAAUUGUAAGUGCUCGUACGAAUCGAUGAUUCUCUCCUUUCCUGUGAAAUGAAUAUACGUGUAUAAACACUUUGAAAAGUCGUUCGAACAUGAGGUAAUUCUUGUGAAUAUUUAAAACGUUGCACGUGUGUCUAUUAAUCCUACAUAAUUAUUUCUACGAUACUGUUUAAUCCCUUUGUAUCCAGGGAAUCAUUUUUUAUACAAACCAGUUUCAAACAAUUCAUGUUAUUACCACAUCCAGUAAGCUCAGUGAAUACAUUACUUGUAACUAUGUUGAAUUAACAAUUUUAAUUAAAUUUAAAAAAAAAUUUCGUUUUCAAACUUUAUCAUAUUUGCAACAAAACAGACUGACGUUCAAAAAAGUAAAGUACAAUCAUCGCACCUACAUCAUGGUACGAAGGGAUUAAUACAACUUUUCUAAUUCAUCUUUUGAACAAACUAAUUACAUUUAUAAGUACUUCAUAUGUGUUACAUAACUAUCGUAUUAUUUCUUUUGCUGAACCAAUUUUAAUCUGUCUAAUGGACAAGACAAAAUUCAUAACUAUUCCUAAAUAUUGUUUACUGCGCUGCUUAUGAUAUUAAUACUAUUUAUUGAAACGGCAGGCCUCGUCCAAACGAACCCCGUAAUCUUAGAAAAUUUCUUUGAAACAGUGAGAGCGUUUUAAGUUUGUCUCGCAACUACCUCCUCGCGAUACUCGAUUUUCCGAUUCUCCGGGGGAAAAGUCCGAGACUCGGAAGCGACACUUUGUUCUUUCCGAAAUCAAUUUUCUUUGCGACUCUUGUCGUACGAGCAGAAGCGAGGACGUUCGGUUUCGUCGGUAAGAAGUUUCUUAAAGGGAAAAGUUGACGCGUCACAUGCCGGCGAAUCACGAGCUCGCUCCCGUGCAGUGUUUGGCAAACAGGUAUGCAAAUCACGAAUUAUACAAGCGUGGCGCGCGCUCGGGUUUGAAUUAUCGAUAAACUGGAAUUACGCGUACCUAAAAGCUGUUUACAUACCUACAGACUCGCCUACUACAGACUAUUUAUUGCUAUUACGAUCACUAACAAUUAUAUACAUAAACAAAUAAAUGAAUGAAUGAAUGAAUAUAUAUAUUAUGAUAUAGAAAUUAUACAUUGUUUCGGCAUGAAGAUGUAAGAAUACUGUUGGUAAUGAAAUAAAGAAAACUAUACUUGUCAGA